AUGGCAAUGCAUACGCAAAGAACCUUCUUCUUCAUCUUCUUCACUCUGUUCUUGAUCUUCUUUCUGAAACCAUGCGCCUGCAUCGAUUUCGAGUUCCCAUACUUCACCACCACCAUCAACAACAACCUCACCCUCGUCGGCGAUUCCUACCUCAGGAACGGCGUCGUCUCUCUAACAACACCCACCGUCGCCACCGCCACAAGCACCGGAGCAAUAUUCUACGCCAACCCCAUUUCCCUCUUCGACCCAUAUUCCAACACCACCUCCUCCUUCUCCACUACCUUCUCCUUCUCCAUCACCAACACCCUCAACCCAACCUCCUUCGGUGACGGCCUCGCCUUCUUCCUCACCCCCACAAACCCCUCCACCGCCGCCACCCCCACCACCUUCAUCGCCGUCGAGUUCGACACCAAGCUCCACAACCGCUUCAACGACCCCAAUGAGAAUCACGUGGGUCUCGACAUCGACGCUCUCAUCUCCCUCAAGACUGCCAACCCGAUCUCCCAUGGCAUCGAUCUCAAGAGCGGAAACCCCAUCACCGCGUGGGUCGAUUACUCCGCCACCGACCCAACGGUGGUCGACGUUUUCUUGAGCUAUUCAAGCGUCUCCAAGCCGUUUGAUCCUGUGCUUCGUGUCACCGUUGAUCUCUCUGAGCAUUUGAAGGACCCCAUGUACAUUGGGUUCUCUGCUUCGUCCUCUGAUGGCAGCAGUGAGCUUCACCUGGUUGAGAAUUGGAGUUUUCGGAGUUUCGGGUUCGUUCCGGUGAGACCCUCGUCGAGAGCCCCUCACAAUGUUUCCGAUAGCACCGUGGGUCUUACUGUUGCAGGUGAAGGUGCCAAGAAACAGGGGAAUAGGAAACAGGGGAAAAACAGAGUUGGGGUUGGUUUUGCUGUUGCGGGUCCAGUGUUCUUCUGCGCGGUGUUUUCAUUCUUGGGGUAUCUUUCUGUGAGAAAAUGGAAGAAGGGUGUGAAGAAAGUUACCAUUACGAACUUGAAGAAACCUGGGCCAUCACCGUUUGUGGCUUGUCCAAGGGAAUAUGAUUACAAGGAGUUGAAAUCUGCUACCAGAGAGUUUCAUCCCAGUAGGAUUGUUGGGCAUGGUUCGUUUGGGACUGUGUAUAAAGCGUUCUUGAUCUCUUCAGGUACCAUUGCUGCAGUGAAGAGAUCAAGACAUUCCCAUGAAGGAAAGACUGAAUUCUUAGCUGAGUUGAGCAUCAUAGCUGGUUUGAGGCACAAGAAUUUGGUGCAGCUGCAAGGUUGGUGUGCUGAGAAAGGUGAAUUGCUUCUGGUGUAUGAUUUCAUGGCUAAUGGGAGCUUGGAUAAGGUGCUUUACAAGGAGCCUGAGAGGGGGAAGGUGUUGAGUUGGGGUCACAGGGUUAACAUUGCUCUUGGUUUGGCUUCUGUGCUGGUUUACCUUCAUCAGGAGUGUGAGCAAAGAGUGAUUCAUAGAGACAUUAAGACUGGGAAUGUGUUGUUGGAUGGGAAUUUCAAUCCAAGGUUGGGGGAUUUUGGAUUGGCAAAGCUCAUGGAUCAUGAUAAGAGUCCUGUUUCCACUUUGACUGCUGGGACAAUGGGGUACCUUGCACCUGAGUAUCUUCAGUAUGGGAAGGCUAAUGAUAAGACUGAUGUGUUCAGCUAUGGGGUGGUGGUGCUUGAGGUGGCUUGUGGGAAGAGGCCAAUUGAGAGGGAGGGUGGUGCAAAGAUGGUGAAUUUGGUGGAUUGGGUUUGGGGGUUGCACUAUGAAGGGAGGAUACUUGAGGCUGCAGAUAAGAGGUUGAAUGGGGAAUUUGAUGAGGAAGGAAUGAGGAUGAUGCUGCUAUUGGGAUUGAGCUGUGCUAAUCCUGAUAGUGCUAUGAGGCCUUCCAUGAGAAGGGUUCUGCAGAUUCUCAGCAAUGAAGCUGAGCCUUUCAAGGUUCCAAAAGUGAAGCCAAGCCUCAGUUUCUCUUCUGAUCUGCCAUUGAGUAUUGAUGAGCUUGUUUCAGAUGCUGAAGAGUUCAAUACUAAUUACCAGUCCAUGUGUGAGAUCAAAAUUAGCUGA